UCCUCAGCAGCAGCAUGAGAAAUCCCGCGACGAUUUUCCCCCUUCUCCGCCGCUUCCGCUAUUUCUGGGCAGGGUGAAGCAACGCCGCUUCAGUCUCUCCCCGCCCGGAGGGGUGAAGGCUUCGGCUCCCGUCCCGUCCGGCCCGGCCCGGCCCCGCAGGCCCGGCAGCAGCGGGGGGUGCUCCCCAGCACCAUGUCGGGGCCCCUGCUGCUCCUCCUGCUCUGCGCGCUGCUGCCCGGCGAGCUCCGGGCUGAGGGAGGCGUAUUCAUCAAGAAAGAAAAUGCCAGCAAGUUCUUGGAAAGAGCAAAACGUGCUAACUCUUUUUUGGAGGAAAUGAAACAAGGGAAUAUUGAAAGAGAAUGCAAUGAGGAGCGCUGCUCAAAAGAAGAAGCAAGAGAAGCCUUUGAAGACCAGGAGAAAACCGAGGAAUUCUGGAACGUCUAUGUAGAUGGGGAUCAGUGCAUCUCAAAUCCUUGUCACUAUGGUGGACAUUGUAAAGAUGGAAUUGGUUCCUAUACUUGCACAUGCUUGGAUGGUUAUCAAGGCAAGAACUGUGAAUUUGUCAUACCAAAGUACUGCAAAAUAAACAAUGGUGACUGUGAGCAGUUCUGCAGCUUCCAAAGAACUGCCCAGAAGGAUGUUGUGUGUUCCUGUGCAAAAGGGUAUGUUCUAGCAGAAGAUGGCAAGCACUGUGCUUCAUCAGUAAAGUAUCCUUGUGGAAAAGUUUUUGUGAAAAGAAAAAAAAGGUCGAUUAUUUUACCUGCUGAUAGAAGCAAUGUAACUAGUGAUGAAGAUGCUCCUCCCACAAAUGCAACAGUUUUGGAGGAGGAUAUUGUUCCUACCACAGAAAGCCCAACCCUCCAUCCUGGCAACGAAACAGAUAGCAAGACUCCGUAUGUCAUUACCAGGAUAGUAGGUGGUGAUGAGUGUCUUCUUGGCGAAUGUCCAUGGCAGGCUGUUCUGUUGAACGAGGAAGGGGAAGAGUUUUGUGGUGGAACUAUUUUGAAUGAAAAUUUUAUCCUAACUGCAGCUCAUUGCAUGAACCAAUCUAAGGAAAUCACAGUUGUUGUUGGUGAAGUGGACAGAGAAAAGAAGGAACAGUCUGAAACGUUGCAUACUGUGGACAGAAUACUUUUACACCAUAAAUACAUUGCUGAAACUUAUGAUAAUGACAUAGCUUUAAUAAAGCUGAAGGAACCCAUCAAGUUUUCUGAGUAUGUUAUUGCAGCGUGCCUCCCAGAAGUAGACUUUGCUAAUGAAGUUCUGAUGAACCAAAGGUCUGGGAUGGUUAGUGGCUUUGGACGUGAAUUUGAAGGUGGACGAUUAUCCAAAAAACUGAAAGUGCUUGAAGUCCCCUAUGUUGAUAGGAACACUUGCAAGCAAUCAACAAACUUUGCAAUAACAGAAAACAUGUUCUGUGCUGGUUAUGAAACAGAGCAAAAAGAUGCUUGUCAAGGAGACAGUGGAGGCCCCCAUGUAACCAGGUAUAAGGAUACUUACUUUGUUACUGGGAUCGUUAGCUGGGGAGAAGGAUGUGCAAGGAAAGGCAAAUAUGGUAUCUAUACCAAAAUGUCCAGGUACUUACGCUGGGUGAGAGCGGUCAUGAGAAGAAACUCGUAGUUUUGUGGCUCUUGAUCUUUCUGUUAGCUAACAAGCUGAGUUUCUGCAAUGGAAACUUUUUUCUAUUUUUAUUUGUAUUUUUCCUUAUCUGAUAAGCUUGGUUUGAGAGCUGUUCCCUUACAGUCAUCGGGCUGCUUCUUUUUGUUUUCUUCCUGGCUUUAAGCAUUUAUAUGCAGACUGCUGAUGUUGUUUUGAAUUUGUACAAUGAGGGGCUUUCCCUAAACAAAAAUGGCCACUCAGUGGGGUCUUUUGUUACUUCUUUGUUUAUUUUUACAUUGCCAUUUAUUUUCCUGUCUGUUUGUCCAAGUGUUUCCACCAGAGGCUCCUGGACAUAGUAUGAGCCUCUGUUGAUCAUGAUGAAAAGGGUAAGGGCAGGACUUCAGUUAAUCCUCAUAUUGCAGCCAGCUGGAUCAGUAGGGAGUUUUUGUUGUUACCAAAGCUGUAGAUACCUGCAGAUGUGUUUAGAAGAUGAAGGGAGCAGGGAAGCUUGCUUAGUAACAGCUGAGACACAAGGAAGUAUUUUCAACAUGUGAUGCUAAAUAAUCACAUGUUCCACAAAAUUGCCUGCUUAGGUCACAGCAGCUAAUUAAAAUGGAGUUUUGCUUUAUAUGGAUUGUACUUCACUUUAAUUUUAACAUUUCUGUUCUGCUUAUCAGAAAGAAAAAAAACCCAUAUGUGUAUGUUCACUGUUUUCUGUAUCAUGUUCUGAACUGUGUAUGGCUGAGGAUCGGAAAGCUCCUUGCAUGUGGACUUGUUCUAGGUGUCUCUGUAAGGUGUGAUACGGAUGUACACCAGCAUUUGAAAUAAAACAUUAUUUCUUUCUUGUU